AUGUAUGAAAGAGUAAAACAAGAACAACAACUAUGUUUGGAACAUAAGAAACAAACAGAGUUUAUAUGUUAUGAUUGUAACAAGUUACUGUGCUCCAUAUGUAUUACAAAUCAUCGAACACAUCAAUUUGAACAUGUUUUCAAUAUAAAACAAUCACUUUUAAACAACAGAAAUGAUAUUAUCAACAAUUUAAAUAGUAAUAAUAGUAGUAUUAGUAAUCCAUUGAUAAUUAUUAAUAAUAUAGUAGAUCAACAACAAAAACAACAGAAACAGCGACAACAGAACAGUCAAAAUGAGAGUUACUUAUUUUCGAGAAUCAAUGAAAUUUGGUCAACUGCUAAAAUGAGAUCGGAAUCAUAUCAACGUUUGCAAAAGACAGAUGAAGAGAUCUCUGAGCACUUCCGACAACUACACGACUAUCUCACUCAAGAGGAACAGAGAAUAAAGAUACCGAUACUAGAUGAUAAAGAUUCACUUAGAGAUAAAGUACAAUUUGAUAUCAAUGAAUUGAAAUCAUUAGUAAAUAUUAUAAACAUUUCAAAUAGCAACAGUAACGAUAGCACUGAUAAAACAACAAAACAAAAUCAAGAAGAUGAAGAAAAACAAUUAUUCGAUCGAACUGAUAUUCAAUCGAUUAUCGAAUCAAUACAAAGAUCGAAAUCAAUUCAACAGUUUAUAAAUGAAAAUAAUCAGAAUUUAUUUGGUAAUUUUAAUUUUAGUAACAAUAAUAGAAAUAAUGAUAGUAGUAAUGGUAAUAGUCAAGAUGAUAAAGAUGAUUUUAAAAUAUUACAAUUAAUUCAGCAACAUAAUAAACUGUUUAAAUCCAAUAAUAUUUUGGUUAAUAAUGAAUUUGGUAUUGUUCCUAACAACCCAGUUCAAACUGCAACAGCAACACUACCACAUUCACCUUUAUUAUCAUCCUCUUCAUCAUCUUUAUCAUCUACGUCAUCAUCAGCUUUUUUCAGUGCACUUUCAUUAUCAUCUGCUUCAAUCAAUUUCAAUGGUGAAAAAACAUUAAGUAAAACACCACAACUUCAACAACCACAUCAAAUUCAACAACAACAACAACAACAAAUCAACUUUAUAAUUAUAAAUUAA